AUGUCGCACCCACGUCAGAGCAGCCCACCCACCCCCAACCUGAGCGAGGGUUACCCGGUGCCCAGCCUCACCCUGGUGGUCCUGCUGCUCAUCCCCGCCGUGGUCGUGCUGCUCCUGCUCAACUGCCUCUUCCUGGGCUACAAGCUGCUGCUCCUCUCCAAGGCGAGGCCUCGGCCGCGGUCCCCAGAGGACGCGGUGGGGUUCCUGCAGCGGGAGUCCGCCCUGCAGCGGGCCCGGAGGUCGCCCGACGCGGAGGUGUUCUCAACCCGGAGGCCGUACAUGUCGCUGUCCGAGCCCGCCCUGCCUCGGCCGCGGGUCACCUCCUCCAGGGCUUCUUCGUCCGGCAGGGAGCAAGGGAUCUGGCUGCUGAGGCCGGGGUCCGGGUCCUCGAGGACGCCCAGCAGCAUCCGGGCGGCGGCGGCGGCGGUGGCGGCGUCGACCUCCUCCUCACGGGCGUCCAGAUUCAGCAAUGCCGAGAGGCGUCACAGAGCGCCGGGGUUCUCUCAGUCCAGCGACUCGGAGGCAGACACCAGAGGCAACCUGGUGCCGCCCAACUCUCCCACAGAAGCGGAGCACAUGGCUGGCAUCCGUCGAACGAGCGCCUACGGGAUGCUGACCGAGCCGAGCCCGGGCGCGCUACACCCGCUGGACAAAGUUUACAUGGAGUGCGAUUUCUACAUACAGCCGCCCUCGGUGGGUUCCUGCCCCAACACGUCGACAGAGGGCUCCGGGCUGGACAGCGACUUUGGUGCCAGUGCAGGUGUGUCCCUGCGGAUUUUGUCGGCGGACAGCGACGGCUUGUCCAACGGCGUGCUGACGUCAGCGUUGGAGUGGGACUAUUACGACCCGUGCUACGUCAAGCAGAACCACGUGCCCAAACACAAACAUCACUGGCCUGCCGUGCACAGCAAACAGUACUGGGUGUAA